CUUGUUGUCCCAUCCUGACCCACCGCCACCUGCUGACCGCUGGUCAGGGGCCUGAGGACUCUCCCUGAGGGCCCCCGAGGGCUCUUUGGCCUAUUGCCCUGUCCCAAAGCAGUCCCCGGGCGUUCGUGUCCUGGUUUGUGGGGUGAUAGCUGCUGUGCUGUGGCUCACUGAACACUUUGUGAAAUGCAGUUAAAGGAGGUCCGUCAUUUGCAACGGAAAACGUUCAAUGUCCCAAACAUUCAGUGUCCCGUGUUCUGUGUUUUUGGAAUGCGCACUUCACAGAGUUGAGGGCCAGGUGGCUGUGAGUCUGUCGAGAGCUCAGGAGGUGGGUCCCUCCUGUGAUGAGUCCUUCACAUUGGAGCCGCUGUCCAUGCGGAGUGGGUGUGGCGGGGGACGGGUGCCUCUGACCUGGGCAGGGUGUGGCAUGCCCCUUCCUGGCCAGCUGGGAAAGCCCCUGCCCGCCCUGGCCCGCCUGCCCCAUGGAGAGCCUGUUCCGGCCCUGGCUGCUGUCCCUGUCCUGCCCUUGGGAAGAGCUGCGCAGCACUGGGGGAGCUGUACCUGCGUCGAGUGCUGGUCCUGGGAAGGCUUCCCUGGGCUCGCAUGUGGGAAGCAGGAAACUGGCGUCCCUGUCAGGUCUGCACCUGCAGCCCCUCCAGGGCGGCCUUGCAGGAAGUCACAGAGCUAGAAGCUUCCCGAAUGGGCUGCAGACCUGCUCCCAGUGCCUUCUCUGGCUCGUGGACACUGGGGGCGUCUGGGUGGGGACAGAGCCCUUGGGGUCCCGAGGACAUGGAGGGGACGGGAUGUUGGUGCUGGACCUGUAGGGCAGGCACCUCGCUGUGUCUCUGUCCUGGCCAUGUCCCUGCGGUCACUCCCACGCCAGGGCAGGGCCCCAGGUUCCAGGCCGGCCCCAGGUUCCAGGCCAGCCCCAGCCUUGCCGCUGUGGGCAUGGGGUCGCGUGAGAAGCUCUGCCCUCGUGGACGUGCUGGAGUCUGAGUUCUGGUUAACCCUCGAUGGCAUUUUAACGUGUCUCUUGUGUUUAAUUUUUAGUCAGACUUUGAGCCCGGUGCAGGCUUCAGUGGCUGCUGUGGAUCGAGAGCCUAGGAGCUUUGGUUCGAGACAAUUACAGACGUGGGAUGAGCAUCCAGUGACAGGACGCGGUUCUGCCUGGGGAUUCUGAAGAUAGAACGCGUUGAAAAGUCGAAUUCAUGGUCGUGGAAGCUGAGCCCAUUUUAGGCAAUGUCAGGUGUCCGACCUCCGAUCAUGAACGGGCCCCUGCACCCCCGGCCCCUGGUGGCACUGCUGGAUGGCCGGGACUGCACGGUGGAGAUGCCCAUCCUGAAGGACGUGGCCACAGUGGCCUUCUGUGAUGCGCAGUCCACGCAGGAGAUCCACGAGAAGGUGCUGAACGAGGCAGUGGGCGCGCUCAUGUAUCACACCAUCACGCUGACCCGCGAGGACCUGGAGAAGUUCAAAGCCCUCCGGAUAAUCGUCCGGAUCGGCAGUGGCUUCGACAACAUUGACAUCAAGUCAGCCGGGGACUUAGGCAUCGCUGUCUGCAAUGUGCCGGCGGCGUCCGUGGAGGAGACGGCCGACUCCACCAUGUGCCACAUCCUCAACCUGUACCGCAGGACCACCUGGCUGCACCAGGCGCUGCGGGAGGGCACGCGGGUCCAGAGCGUCGAGCAGAUCCGGGAGGUGGCUUCCGGAGCAGCCAGGAUCCGUGGGGAAACUUUGGGCAUCAUCGGACUAGGUCGCGUGGGGCAGGCGGUGGCGCUGAGGGCCAAGGCCUUUGGCUUCAACGUGCUCUUCUAUGACCCCUACCUGUCGGACGGCACGGAGCGGGCGCUGGGGCUGCAGAGGGUGAGCACCCUGCAGGACCUGCUGUUCCACAGUGACUGCGUGACCCUGCACUGUGGCCUCAACGAGCACAACCACCACCUCAUCAACGACUUCACCGUCAAGCAGAUGAGACAAGGGGCCUUUCUGGUGAACACAGCCCGGGGUGGCCUGGUGGAUGAGAAGGCGCUGGCCCAGGCCCUGAAGGAGGGGCGGAUACGCGGUGCAGCCCUGGACGUGCACGAGUCAGAACCCUUUAGCUUCAGCCAGGGCCCCCUGAAGGAUGCCCCCAACCUGAUCUGCACCCCCCACGCGGCCUGGUAUAGUGAGCAGGCGUCCAUCGAGAUGCGCGAGGAGGCGGCCCGGGAGAUCCGGAGAGCCAUCACAGGCCGGAUUCCCGACAGCCUGAAGAACUGUGUCAACAAGGACCACCUGACAGCUGCCACCCACUGGGCCAGCAUGGACCCAGCUGUUGUGCACCCUGAGCUCAAUGGGGCCGCCUACAGCAGGUACCCCCCAGGUGUGGUGGGUGUGGCUCCCAGCGGCAUCCCGGCCGCAGUUGAAGGCAUUGUCCCCAGCGCCAUGUCCCUGUCCCAUGGCCUGCCCCCAGUGUCCCACCCGCCCCACGCCCCUUCUCCUGGCCAAACCGUCAAGCCCGAGGCGGAUAGAGACCAUCCGAGUGACCAGUUGUAGCGUGGAGGGGGAGCUCUGCAGCCUCGGUGCCAGCACCCGGCCUUGGGCAGGCGCCUGCGGAGGAGGCGCCCUUGGGUGGCGGCGGCGCUCCAGAGACUGUCCAGGCGGCGGCCGCGGUGGCGCCGGCCUCCCCCCGUUGACUAGUCCCGUCCUGAGGGCCCGCGCUGCCCGUGUUCCCUGCGUCCUGGUUAAGCAAGAGAAGUUAGUAGUUGUUCUAUCACGAAUGUCCCGUCUGUGUGCAGCCUUUAGAACGUCGCCAAGGAUUUGUUUGCUUAGCUGUCAACACCCAGCCCCGAGGCGGCCAGGCCGCUCAGCCCCCUGCCCAGCGGAGCAGGCCCAGUGGGCCGCUGGCGAACUUCUCAGGACUACGAAUCCUUCCCGUUUUUCUUUUACGCCACACAGUGCAUUGUUUUUUCUACCUGCUUGUCUUAUUUUUAGAAUAAUUUAGAAAAACAAAACAGGCUGUUUUUCCUAAUUUUGGCAUGACCCCCCCUGUUCCAAAUGACGGCACCGCGCGGCUGGGGAGGCGGGAGCGCUCGGCCGGGGCGCCGGGGGUGCCGUCCUGCUGAUGUGGUAGGCUAGCAAUAUUUUGGUUAAAAUCAUGUUUGUGACUGUAACCAUUUGUAUGAAUUAUUUUAAAGAAAUAAAAGUCCCAGAAAGAGCCGGCACACCCA